CGCUGGGGGCGCAGGUGCGCGCUUCCCAUUGGGUGUGGGCGGAGCGCGAGCCUCCAAGGCGUCUACGGAGGCUGCAGGUGAGCGCGCGCACGUGCCGCGGCUCCCGCCCGGCUGGGGUGCGCGCGCGCGGGCUCGCGGGGGAAGCGGCUGAGAGCUAGGCUGCGGCGCCUGUCCCCUGUGCUCCGCCCCCUCCUCCUUUUUCGCCGUCGCGGCCGUCGCAGAGGCCGGAGGGAGGGAGCCGCGUUCCCGCCCGCCGCGCCGCCAGUCUCACCCUCGGUCCCACCGCGUGAGGAGCCAGCCGAGCGGAGCUCUGCGCGGAGACCCGAGCCACGGUCGCCCCUCUGCAGGUGCCUGUGAGGAGGCGCCUGGGCCGCAGCCGAGUCCCGAGCCCAGCGGCGGGCACUCGCUCUCCGCGCUCCGAGGGGCGGCCCGGCUGGAGGAGGCUGUUGCGGGCCAGGCCUCAGGAUGAACCGCAGCCACCGGCACGGAGCGGGCAGCGGCUGCCUGGGCACCAUGGAGGUGAAGAGCAAGUUUGGAGCUGAAUUUCGUCGGUUUUCACUGGAAAGAUCAAAACCUGGAAAGUUUGAGGAGUUUUAUGGAUUACUGCAACAUGUUCAUAAGAUACCCAAUGUUGACGUUUUAGUAGGCUAUGCAGACAUCCACGGAGAUUUACUACCUAUAAAUAACGAUGAUAAUUAUCACAAAGCUGUUUCAACGGCCAACCCACUGCUUAGGAUUUUUAUACAAAAAAAGGAAGAAGCAGACUACAGUGCCUUUGGUACAGACACACUAAUAAAGAAGAAGAAUGUUUUAACCAACGUGUUGCGUCCUGACAACCAUAGAAAAAAGCCACACAUAGUCAUUAGUAUGCCCCAGGACUUCAGACCUGUGUCUUCUAUUAUAGACGUGGAUAUUCUCCCAGAAACACAUCGUAGGGUCCGUCUUUACAAAUAUGGCACUGAGAAACCCCUAGGAUUCUACAUCCGGGACGGCUCCAGUGUCAGGGUGACACCCCAUGGCUUAGAGAAGGUCCCAGGGAUCUUUAUAUCCAGACUUGUGCCAGGAGGUCUGGCUCAAAGCACAGGACUAUUAGCCGUUAAUGAUGAAGUUUUAGAAGUUAAUGGCAUAGAAGUUUCCGGGAAGAGUCUAGAUCAAGUAACUGACAUGAUGAUUGCAAACAGCCGCAACCUCAUCAUCACAGUGAGACCAGCAAACCAGAGGAAUAACGUCAUUAGGAACAGUCGGACUUCCGGCAGCUCUGGCCAGUCUACUGACAACAGCCUUCCUGGCUAUCCACAGCAGAUCGAACCGAGCUUUGAGCCAGAGGAUGAAGACAGCGAUGAAGAUGACAUUAUUAUUGAAGACAAUGGUGUGCCACAGCAGAUCCCUAAGGCUGUUCGCAACACCGAGAGCCUGGAAUCAUUAACACAAAUAGAACUCAGUUUUGAAUCUGGACAGAACGGUUUUAUUCCUUCUAAUGAAGUGAGCUUAGCACCCUUAGCAAGUGGCACAAAUACAGAAUUUGAAACGCGUGCUCCAGAUCAGAAACUCUUAGAAGAAGAUGGAACAAUCAUAACACUAUGAAACCAUCGCGUCUGAAUGUCUUCUGAGUGAGGAUGCCGUGGAGACUUGUAAAUUUGGCUAGUUUAAAGCAUAUGUACCUCUGAACCAGUGAUCUGGGAUAGGCAUGAAAAAAGUAUAUUGCAAGCUUAAAAUGUUAUUAAAAUAGUAGUUUGAUAAUUAAUAUAAACUUCAGUGGGUCAGAGGUGAAUUUAAGUCUAAAACAAAGGGGCCUUUGCUAAUGAAAUGAUGUGCUUUUGCUAUUUUGUCUAUAGAGAACUGGAUGUUAGAGCACAUUCCCAGAACUACACAUAAGGACUAGAUCAUUUCCGUUUGAAGUGGUUGCAUAUUUAACCUGCUGUGCAGAGCCUGGUUGAUUUUUCCUUUAACUGUAUAUCUUAAUUCUAACGUGAAGAAGUCUGAGUCUAUCUUUCGGUACUUUGGGACCUUGGCUCCUAUAUUCCCCAUGUUGUAUUUUGAUUUUUUAAUAUUGUUCCUCUGUUGCUAAUUGUAGCGAGUAAUUUUUUCAAAUGCUUUUUUUUUUUCCUAAUUUCUAAGAAAUCAAAUCAAUUGACUGUUUUUAGGGGUUGCUUCCUAAGUUAUAAAGCAUUGAAGCUAUGUUCCUGAAUUAAGAAACUCUAACAGUUGUUCAGGUCCGUGUUUGCCCAUGGGAGACUCUCUCCCAUAACCUCUUCUUGUCCUCAUUCCAAAUCUCAUUAGAAAUCAUUCCUUUUGUUGUUUGUGUGUAUAUUUUGUUUGUCUGCCUUUUUACUCUUUUAAUGUAUUUGAGUAGUGUGAAUUAUUUUCGUUAAAAAAAAAUGCACCCAAACUAAGAGAUUUUUACACACAGGACAACCUUGUGCACUUUUUAUAUGAAAAUUUUGGGUUUUCCUUAAUGGGAUUUCUAGGAACACUGCCUACACUUUAUGAAAAGUAUGUCGUAUUCACCUCUGACAGGUAGAGUGUAUCUCGAUUAAUUUUAUGAGGCUAUUUAUUACUUUCCGCUGCAUCCACUUAGCAAGGUAAGAGUAAGGCUGCUAACUUUCGUUCCUUGCCUGGUUUCAUUGUAUGGAGGUGCACAGGCACUACAGUAGCUUGUAUAUAGAGACUAAGAAUAGUAUGAACUACAUGAGUUUCCUGUGACUUAUGGAUAUUUCUCUCAGAGUUAUUUAUUGAUUAAUUUUAUGCUAGGGCUAGAAUGGAUACCUUAUAACAAUUGUGUGCUAUUAAAACAAUGAAGAAUCAAAUGACUCCGUUUUGAAGGAUAUUUUCUCUAUAUGGUAAAAGUAUAUGAAGUAAAGUUGAUUAAAUGAAGCUCUCUUGACUCAGAAUACUUCAAUGUAUUUUGCCCACAUUUUACCACUAAACAUGUUAUCACUAAACUGUUAACUGCACAACAUUAUGUAAUACAGUGUACUUCUUGUUGAAUUCAUUGAAGUUCUUCCAGUUAUAUAACCACUAUUUUUUAAUGGCAUUCCAGGUUUAACAUUCUGUUGAGUUCUAUAAAUUUGACUCUUGAAUGGCAAAAUGUUAAUAAGUAGAAGGUUACAUUUCAUUUAUAAUUAUAAGCGGUGCAGGGCUUCAACAUUUUAAGUAAAAAUACUUUCACAUACUACCUCUCUCUCUUUCUCUCUUUUUUUUAACAAAGUUUUAACAUCAGAACUUUUCUUAGGGGAAGAAAUACUUCAGGGCUUGACUUUUUGUACAACUUUUAACUGUAAAAUACAGAUUUGUCUUGUAUGUAUUCAUGAAAAUGGAAAUCAAAGCUGCUAGUGCUUUUUUUUUUUUUUUUUUUUUUGGCGGUACGCGGGCCUCUCAUUGUUUUGGCCUCUCCCGUUGCGGAGCACAGGCUCCGGACGCGCAGGCUCAGUGGCCAUGGCUCACGGGCCCAGCCGCUCCGCGGCAUGUGGGAUCUUCCCGGACCGGGGCACGAACCUGUGUCCCCUGCAUCGGCAGGUGGACUCUCAACCCCUGCGCCACCAGGGAAGCCCUGCUAGUGAUUUCUAAUUAUCCCACUAAGGGUAUAUGUCAACGGUCUUUUCAACUGGAUCUCUCGUUUAAAUUAUUGGUGAAAGAAUUGAUUGCUAGACGUAUUGUAAAACCAAUAGAUCUUGGUUAUACAAUAAAACGUCGAUUCAUUGGUAGUCUGAAUUAUUUCAAGUGUACCUUAUUAACAAAAAUAUCAGUGGACUCAGCAUAAAAUUUUAUAGUACUAAAUGUCAAGCUAACUGUGAAUUUUGUUCUGUAUCUUAAGUAAAUUUAUGAUAAUGUCCUCGAACUAUCAACAAAAUAUAUGUACUUUUGUGAACUAUGGAUUUUCUAAUUAAAUUUUACAUGCAAUAUGAUUUUUACAUGAAUGCUACUUUGUUUAAACUAUCAAAUGUCAGUAUUUUACUACAACUUUA